GAUCGUGGUGAUCAGUUAAAAGUAAAGAAGAACCACGAUUUCUGCUUUACUGAUGUAAGAGUUCAGCUUUACUAACUAUGGAUUAUUUAAUUUGAAAUAAAAUACUGCCCUGGUACCCAAAUCAGUUGAGAUCAACUAACAGUCAAAUUGAAGCAGAUAUCUCACGUGUACGUGAGAUUAAAAAUUGAAAUGAAACAUUUGACAUCUCAAUGAUGUCUAGUACACAUGAAAAACUCGAUAUAAAAUAGCAACUUUAAUUCUACGUCAGCUUGUGUGUGGUUUUGCGUAUAAGAGAGCUAAAAAGUUGAACUGAAUUUUUUUAUAUAUACUGUACGUCAUCGAGAUGUCAAAAGUUUCAUUUCAAUUUCUGAGCUGAAACUCGGGUUUCCUGGGUAGCUAGCCUGGCAGCCAAGUUGGCAGCAAGUUAUCGACAACCUACUGCAGCAACUAGUCGCCAAUUUAGCCGCAAAAAUUGUCAUUUCCAUAAGUUAACAGCAACUGGUCGCAAACUUUUUGAGAAAGUUGGUGACAAAAAUUGGCAUUCCAUUAGUUGACGGAAAGUUGCCUUCAAUUUUCUCAGAACGUUGGUAACAACUUGCAGUCAACAACUACAAAAGCUGAAAGUUGUCGUCAAUUUGAUCGUAACUAAUUGACGACAACUUUUUGAUCAGAAAUUCUCGCUAUCAAUGUAUUUUGAUCACAAGUUGACGGAAAUCUAAAACCGAAAUAAGAUGUCAAGUUGACUGCAAAAACUUGAUGGUGCAAAUAUCUGAGGAUUACACGUUAUCUUUUAACUACACGUAGUUAGAGAUGAGCACUAGUCUCGUGACGAGUAAUUUUACCCACUUUUGACCGUCACAAACUACUGCGAUCUAGCAGAAUACAUUUGAAUUUAAACUAAUAAUAUGUUUUGGAGGGAAACGCGCAGGUACUCUUUGUACUUAGCUUUGUAAUAAAUCGCAUACUCUUACAAUUAUUAUUUUUUAUUGAUUUAAAUACAUAUGUGCGUGUAAUCAUAAUUGAAUCCAUUGUUUAUUCUAAAUUACGAUCGUAGCCGAAUGCUUUAUUGCUAGCUAAACCAAGGCAUAGGUCGGUUAGCAAAUUUAAUCAGCUUUAAUUUGCAUUUUUUUUUAAAUUCGUAAGACAACUGGUCGCUGAGAUAUCAGCCUUCAAACGAAAAAUUUUUGCUCCAAAAAAAUUCUUGUCUUCAAUUUAUGAAUCCAAAAAAUUUCUUAGGGCAAAAAAUCCUUUUUUUGUAUGACAAUCAAUAGAUCGAUUCUGAUUAAAUGCAAAACAACCUCGUCAUCAAGUGUAAAUUCGAUAAUGUAAAAAUGCGGCGGAGCAAUCGAAAGGUUAUUUAUCAGAUAAUACUUAUUAAUGAUAUUUAUAUGACAACUAAAUGUGUGCCAGUGGUUUCAUUUGGAUUAUUUUUCGUCCGUGGUAUCUCAUCGUUAAUUAAUUCCAUGGCAUCCAUACAGUUUUUGUGUGUCAAUUCGUGAUUUCUUCUUUACCCUGAACAAUAAUAAUUCCACAAUGAGUAACUUCGUCGAACAAAGCUAUGGAGAUAAAAAAAAAUCCCUCGCUAACAGCAAUAAAGUCAAGAUAAUUAACUUGGAAAAAGGUUCCAAGGCACCACAAUUUAUUGCAGCUAUUGCUGCGAACAUUUGUGUGAUGGCUGGUGGCGCGAUGGUUGUCUGGUCAAAUCCAAUUCUUUUGAUGCUUGGAGAAGAUCCAGUGAAUAAAGAAAAUCCUCUGGGUCGGCCUGUCAGCGCAGAAGAAGAAUCUUGGAUUGGAUCACUGAAUGCGGUGGGUUCAAUGAUCGGAAGUCUUUUUCCAGGAUAUUUUGCUGAAAGAUUUGGAAGACGUACAAUAUUAUUGGCCAGCGUCAUACCGUCAAUGUUAAGUUGGACACUGAUAGGCAUAGGAAGAAGUAUACAAGUGCUGUACAUGGCAAGAUUCAUUUCAGGUGUAGCCGUCGCUAUUGGAUUCGCUGUGAUUCCAAUGUACUCUGGUGAAAUUGCAGAGACUUCAAUUCGCGGGAUGCUUGGAUCACUAUUUCAAGUAUCUGUUACCCUAGGUCAAUUAUGGGCUUUUAUCAUUGGUCCGUACGUUUCAUACACAACUUUUUGGAUCUCUUGUGCUGCACUACCGAUUGCCUUCUUCGUUCUCUUCUUACCCAUGCCAGAGUCCCCGCACUACCUGGCAGCAAAAGGUCGGACAGAGGACGUGAUCAAAGUGCUGGCAAGAUUACGCGGGAAGAGUGAAGAUGCUGUUAGAUGCGAAGCGAGUGAAAUUGAGGCGUAUGUUCAAAAAUCGUACUAUCAAAAAGCGACGAUCAUGGACUUGUUUAAGGUCAAGGCAAACUUUAAAGCUUUGAUUAUAACAUGCGUACUGGUGACUUUUCAACAGAUGAGUGGCAUCAUUGUCGUUCUUCUUUACUCAGAACUUAUACUUGCGAGUGCGGGAGACAGCGGCAUCAGCUCGGCGCUUGAAACUAUUAUUGUAGGACUGGUCAAGCUUGUCAGUACCUGUGCUAAUCCACUGGUCGUUGAUCGACUUGGACGUAAUAUACUGCUGAUUAUAUCUGGCAUAGGCACUAGUUUAAGUCUCGGAGCACUUGGAAUCUUCUUUUACCUCAAGGACGCAAUUAGAUGUGAUGUCAGCGGUAUUGGUUGGCUGCCAAUAUGUUCAUUAAUUAUGUACAUGGCGACCUACAGCGUUGGAUUAGGUCCCCUUCCUUGGACAAUUAUGGGGGAAAUCUUCGCUCCGGAAGUUAAGUCCAGAGCAACAGCGAUAACUGUUUUUCUUAGUUGUUUUUUAGCAUUUGUUAUCAGUAAAUAUUUUAUAAAUAUCGCAACGUCAUUUGGUCAAUACACUGCCUUUAUGUUCUUCAGUUUUUUUUGUAUUCUAAGUGUCUUGUUUACUGUGUUCGUGAUGCCCGAAACAAAAGGAAAAUCACUGCAAGAAAUUCAAGACGAACUUGCCGGAAAAUCUCGUAAAUAAAUAAUUGUUUUUAAAACUAUGUUUCAAAAGUAAUAAGCUAAAA